GUACAUACCAGUGGAGUGAUGAAUAAAGAAAACCAUUCAACUGUGACAGAGUUUAUCUUUAUGGGCAUCACGCAGGACCCUCAGCUGCAGAUCAUCUUUUUUGUGGUCUUCCUCAUUGUUUAUCUGGUCAACGUGUUAGGAAAUGUUGGCAUGAUCAUCCUGAUCAUAACAGACACUCAACUUCACACUCCCAUGUACUUUUUCCUCUGCAACCUCUCCUUUGUUGACCUGGGCUACUCCUCAGCCAUUGCGCCCAGGAUGCUGGCUGACUUCCUAACAAAGCAUAAAGUUAUCUCCUUCUCCAGCUGUGCCACCCAGUUUGCUUUCUUUGUAGGUUUUGUGGAUGCUGAGUGCUACGUCCUGGCUGCCAUGGCCUAUGACCGCUUUGUGGCCAUCUGUAGACCCCUCCAUUAUAGCACUCUCAUGUCCAAGAGAGUCUGUUUGGUCCUCAUGCUGGGCUCUUACCUGGCUGGUCUAGUGAGUUUAGUUGCCCACACGUCCCUCACUUUCAGCCUCAGUUACUGUGGUUCCAAUAUCAUCAAUCACUUCUUCUGUGAAAUCCCACCACUCUUGGCUCUCUCUUGCUCAGACAUCUACAUCAGUGAAAUAUUGCUGUUUAGCUUGUGUGGCUUCAUUGAGUUCAGCACCAUCCUUAUCAUCUUUAUCUCCUAUGCCUUCAUCCUCAUUGCAGUCAUCAGAAUGCGCUCAGCUGAAGGCCGCCUUAAGGCUUUCUCCACCUGUGGGUCUCACCUUACUGGGGUCACCCUCUUUUACGGCACAGUCAUGUUCAUGUACCUGAGACCAACAUCGAGCUACUCCCUGGACCAAGAUAAGUGGGCCUCUGUGUUCUACACAAUUAUCAUUCCCAUGCUGAACCCCUUGAUCUACAGUUUGCGGAACAAGGAUGUGAAAGCUGCUUUCAAAAAAUUAGUUGUGAGGAAGCCUCAAUAGUUACAAGAAUCAAAAAUCUUCUAUUCCAGAGGAAAAUAGAAAUAGAAAAAGGA